AUGAGGGGCCACGGACGUAGAGAAUACGGCUAUUUUGGUUCAGAUCAAGAUGGAGACACAAGUGCUGAUGAUUCUGACUCUGAUUCACGAUACCGUCAAAACUCACAUUCAAAUCAACCCACUGCUGGCUCCACAUCAAUCGCCACUGCCACUCCUACUGCGACUGUCACUGACGCAUCAAAUUCUCAUUCUUCUAAUACCAGGUCAUCUUCAUCGAACAAUCCCUCUGAUGAUGAAAGCAGCACUUCACCAGCCACUACUACUACUGAUAGCACUGCUGCUGGUCGUCCUGAAACCUCGGACACUCAAGCAUUCCAAUCCUUCAUAGUGGACCAAUUGACAAAAAUUCAAGAACAAAACGCAAACUUACAAGCCAAGAUGUUCCUAAUGGAAAAGGAGCAAGAACAAUUCUAUCUACAUCAAGUAAAGAAACUAGAAACAGGUUUCAAAAAUGUAAAUAAAUGUGUAGAUGAUAUCUCGAUUUUGAAGAAAACAUUCCAAGAACUUGUAGGAAUUAUGAGUGGUGAAAGGCUUCGAUUCUUAGAUCAUUCAGAUGAGAACGUCGUCACCAACACUGAAAAUACAAACCAAGAACAAAUCAAUAAAGAGCGUGAAAGAGCGAGAAAUCAAGAACAUGAAAGAUUAUGGCGAGAUAUGGAUUUCUUAAGAGAUGUAAGAUCACAUGAUGAUGCAAUUAGUACAGGAAGAGUUGAUAGAAUAUCUGUUAAAAAUGAAUUUGAUCCUACCGUGGGUGCUCUUUUAAAUGGUACAGUUCCUAAUAGUCAAGUAGCAGCAGCAAUAAGAAAUAGUGAACCUGCGAGAAUACAACAGAGUAAUGAUGACGCUGUAGAUGAUACCACAAAUCAGAGCAUGGAAAAUCAUUCUGUAAGUGACGAAACAGCUUCAUCGGCGGCAUCUACUUUAUUACAACAGGCAAUGGAUUAUAAGAUGAAUAGAGCUGUUCAAAAUGUUAUUGAUUUGGCUCGGGAAUAUUAUGAAGGGUUCCCAGGGAAACCUUCCAUUUUGAAUCUUGAAAGAAGAUUUGGUACUUCAUGGAGGAAAGGUCGUAGUGAAAGAGUAUUAUUUACAAAGAGAUAUUGUAUAAUUAAGAAAAUUGAAAUGGUUAAAAAAUUCCCAGAAAGGUAUGGAUUACCUUCCAAUAUUAAAAGAAAUCAAGCUAUUAAAGUUAUUGAAAAUAUUAGAUUGGGGAAUAAUAAUUUUAAAGGUCGUCCUUGUAGAUUGUCAUUAGCUCAACUUUAUCAAUAUUUUUCACAAAAACAUGAUAAAAUUGAAGAUUACGCUUUGGAAUUGAAAAAUAAAGCAUUACCUAGAAGAAUAUAUUUAUUGAGAGAUAGAGAAGAUCAGGCGGAAAGAGAUGACACGACGAAUACCCUAACUACAAAUGAAUCCACAGGUGAAGUUCCUAUUUCUAUUAUGACAGGAAGUCCUGAUUCAAUGGCCACUAAUAUCAAUAUCAAUAAUAAUAUAGAUGAUAACAUAUCAGCGACAACAAAUAAUAAUGAGGCAAAUGAUGGAAAUAGUCGACGUGGAUCAACAACAUUUCUUCAUAUUCCUUCUCCACCCGAUGGCCGAUUUAUCGGGAACGAAAAUCCACCAUCUGUUGACUCAAACGUUGACCCAGAAAUUGCAGGAUAA